UCCAGUCCCCAAACCCAAACCAGACGCCGGCCAUGGAGCUGUCGAUGAGCGGCGGCGCGCUGCGGACGUUCAGCCGGUGCGUCACCUGCCUCGCCCGCAUCGGCUCCGAGCUCGUCUUCCAGGCAUACCCCGACAAGCUGGAGCUGCACACGCUCAACAGCUCGAGAUCGGCGUUCGCGUCCGUCUCCCUCAAGCGCGACUUCUUCGACCACUUCCACCUCCCCGCCGACGGCACCGCCGCCGCCGCGUCGUCCACGCCGCUCCAGUGCAGCGUCCUCCUCAAGUCCGUCCUGGCCGUGCUCCGCACGCCCACCGCCGCCAUCGACCGCAUCAACGCCUCGCUCCCGCACCACGACGCGUCCAAGCUCGAGUUCGUCAUCCACUGCCUCAACGGGUUGAAGAAGACGUACCGGAUCUCGUGCACCGCGGAGUCCGAGGUGCAGACUCUGGCGCUCGACCGCACCCGCUUCCCCAGCCGCCUCGCCAUACGGCCGCGGGACCUCACGCGCCUGCUCUCCAAUUUCCAGUCCUCCCUGCAGGAGCUCACCAUCAUCGCCACCGAGCCUGCUGCGGGGUUGCCCGGCGUAGAUGACGACAUUGGGGGCAAGGCAGUUGAGCUGCUAAGCUACAUCGACCCGACGAAAGAUGACUACGACAGUAGGCUGCACACGCAACUGUGGAUCGACCCAGCAGAGGAGUUCUUGGAGUAUGUGCAUGCUGGUGAUCCGGUAGAUGUCACUUUUGGGGUGAAGGAAUUGAAGGCACUGUUAACAUUUUGUGAAGGAUGUGAGGCUGAUAUUCUCCUAUUCUACGAGAAGGCUGGCGAACCUGUGCUGUUGGCCCCAAGAUUUGGAUUGGAUGAUGGAUCAAGUUCUGAUUUCGAUGCAACUCUAGUUCUAGCCACUAUGCUUGUUUCACAACUGAAUGAUGGCAAUGUUCCUCAGCAACCACCUACUUCGGCGCAUCAUGCAGAAGAACCAAGAGCUGCUGCUGCUGCUGCUGCUGCUGCUGGUGUACCAUCACCAGCUCCGGAAAAUUUCUCAAACCACACAAGAGUAUGGUCGGAGCUUUCAGGUGUUACUCCCAAAAGCCAUGAGGCUAACGCCGAAACACGUGCCCAGAAGGAAAGAAAUGGAAGAGAUCGCGUACUGAAUGACACGUCAAUGCCGCCUAUUAGCAAUGCUCCCUGCAAGCUGCCAGUCACAGAUAACGCAAACUAUAUAGUGCAGCCUGUGCAAAAGGAUCACUUGGAAGAGCCUCCUGAUGUUGUGAGUGAUAACCCUCGUUCGCAGCAUCACCCAAGCAACUGGGUAGGGGCCGAUGAAGAUGAUGAUGACGAAGAAGAUGAGGAACUUUUUGUCCAAACAACACCUCACUACAUGGACUAAGGAUCGAUGCUGAUUCCUAAAAAUUUAGGUACAUUCCAACCAAGUACGUCAUGGAUGAGCUAGGAAUUAUAUAAUGAAACUUGUAUUUCAUGAAUGGAGUUAACAACAUUAGUUCAUUAUUUACCCAGUACCUAGUCUGUACUCAGGUGUGGUUAUUUCAUUGUUGCACAAUAUGGAGAAUACUAAAUGCAACCUGGUCUAGUUUGCAUACGUGGUCUUUUCUUUCUCUGCUUUUUUCCCAACGAAACAA